CUCACGGAGCAGGAGGCGGAGGCUGAGGUGGCCGCUCCCGCUGCUGCUGCUCCUGCUCCUGCUGCUGCUGCUCCUGCUGCUGCUGCCGCCACCGCGGCUGUUUGGGGUGAUCGCGCCCCGGAACAGGCCGCCGCGCGCCGUGCACGGCCCCGCAGCCCCCGCCGGCCCGGCCGGGUCGGGCGGCCCAGGGCCGCACCUUCCUAUUUCUCCCCGGCCUCAGCCCGCCCGUCACAGUUGAGCACCUGUCUGCCUGAAGCUGAUUUCCAGGAGCAGGAUCCCAGAGCUGGCCAGGGGAUGAACCGCGAGGGGGCUCCCGGGAAGAGUCCGGAGGAGAUGUACAUUCAGCAGAAGGUCCGGGUGCUGCUCAUGCUGAGGAAGAUGGGGUCAAACCUGACGGCCAGCGAGGAGGAGUUCCUGCGCACCUACGCGGGGGUCGUCAACAGCCAGCUGAGCCAGCUGCCGCAGCACUCCAUCGACCAGGGCGCAGAGGACGUGGUGAUGGCGUUUUCCAGGUCGGAGACGGAGGACCGGAGGCAGUAGCGACGGACCCCUCGGAACACCCUGAAAGCUGGCAAGGGCCAAGCGAUCCGCGUGGACCUCGUCCGGCCGAGUGGCAGCAAGCAGGUCACCUUCCCCACCCUCAGCACCCCGCCCACCCCGCCCCACGGCCAGGCCACUCGGCGGGGCCACGUCCAGGGAGACUCCGGAGGUGUGGUCCUCGUCGGCUUCAGGGGACGGACUCACGAUUGGCUGCAGGAAGAAACCUUUUUAUUUUGAAAUCUUGACCAACAGAAACCUUUUAUUUUUAUUUCUGACUCUUACUUUUUUUUUUUUUUUUUAAUUCGCUCUUCGGUAUAUAUAUGGCUUCCCAAGAAGCUCUCCGAGCUCCGGUGCUUUAUUUGGGUCACUUUUUAGGAACGUGAAGAUGUCGGAUGGGCUGGCUGAUGGGAAACAGCGUUUUUCUCUGAUUGGCUGCAGGUGUUCUGCCGACGGCACCAGCUUCUUCUCUCUUUUGAAUGCUGAAAACAGGGUUUGGGACAUUGGUUGUUAUAUUUGACUUGAAAAGAAAAAAAAGAAAGAAACCAAGUGCGCUUUGCAAUAUUUAUUACACAGAGCUUGCUGCUUUUA